AGUUCAACUUAAAUUUUUAAUUUUUAAUCAUUCUUCUUAUAUCUGGAUAGCAUCAAUUAUAAACAUACUGAUGUCUUAUUAGACAACACUAUUACUUUUUCAAGUGUUUAAGUUAUGUUAGUGUAGUAGUACUCAUAUUUGUUCAUUCAAUCAGGAUCCUACGCUGGAUGCUUCUAGUGGGCCUACGUGAGGACGGCAAGCGUUGUUUUUACAGUGAAACUAGGAUUUCCCAAUACCUUAAUAUUGUAUGGUUGCAGUCUCGUCAUUUUGAACUGUGUUCGGUGGGGUUAAUAUUGGAGAUAUAGGAAGUUAUGGAGUAUUAAACUAUAGCGUGCAAGAGGAAUUAUUUGUGUGCAUCUUUUUUUGCUUAUUUGUAUUUGAAAUUAAUACAAAUUUCAUUGUGUGCAUUAGAGUUUCUGAGAAAGUAAAAGCAUGCACCUAAGAGAAAGGUGUAGAAAAGAUGGAAAAUAUUGUGUUAUACGUAAACGAAAGAGUAAAUGUGAAUUGGAGGAAAUUAGUAAAAAGAAGAGGAAGGUUACUAAAGAUCUAGCCACAUAUGGACACAAGGCCAUAACAGACUUUAAACCAUGCCCGCCAAUAAAGAAACCCCAGUCAGGUGAGGCCCAGCUUAUGCUUGAAGCUUUGAACGGAUUCCUGGUGUUUGUGAACAAGAAGGGAUCCGUGAAAUUCAUCAGCAACACUGUCACAGACCAUUUAGGAUUCAAACAGGAGCAUAUGAUAGGGAAGUCCAUCUUGGACUACAUCCACCCCAGUGACCAUAAGGAGGUCCAUAAACAGUUUAUUGUGGAUGGGAAACAGCCACCACCAGGCACACUAUGUGAAGAGCCCCAGCGCGUGUUCUAUGUGCGGAUGAAGUUUAACCUCACAAAGCCGGGAACCAAGACGAAACAGUCGGGAUACAUGCUUGUGCAAUGGUCGGGUAAGAUGAAGCGCCACCUCUCCUCAAAGACGGGACAGUGUACGAUGGACGGGCUCCUGUGUGUAUGUCGCCCCAUGCAGACCACGCCCCUUGUUGAGAUACGUAUGGAUGGCAAUAUGUUCAUGUCUCGACAUGACCUUGGAAUGACCUUCACUUUUUGUGAUUCAAGGAUCAUAACCCUGAUUGGUUACGAGCCAAAUGAGGUAGUGGGGAAGACGGCAUAUAAUUUCCACAACCCAAUCGAUGCCCCGAAAGUCAGCAUUUGUCAUCAGAACUUGAUAGCUAAGGGUUCAUCUGUGAGCAAGUAUUAUCGCUUCAUCAGUAAGAACGAGGCAUGGGUGUGGCUUCAAACACGCGCUACCAUCAUCUACAACACUGCCAACAAGGCCCAGUACAUCGUCUGUAUGAACUAUGUCAUCAGUGAGGAGGAGGGUGAACGCUAUCUGAUGCUGGAGGAGCAUCAGAACGCCAACAACAGAGAGGAGACCACCAUCCUUACAUUGCCCGACAACCAGCAUCACCCAAUCACCCUAGAGCCCCAGAUCAUGGGGCCUAGAAUCGUGGAACUUGAGGAGCAGAAUUUGGUGUCCACUGCCAAGUAUUGCGAGCAGCAGCUGAUGCAGUGUUCGAUGCCCAUGAAAGGGGUUGAACACGUUGCUGCUACCAGCGGUGAUGGGGCUGUGGGGCUGGCAGGGGAUUGUGAUGGAACACAGAUGCAGGUUGCUAGCAGAGAUCUGGGAAGCAUGGAGACUGAAGAUGUCCCUCAACUCAAUGACAGCCCCCUCGUCUCCAUGACCCCAUCCCUGAGCCUGCCCAAUCAACCAGAUGGGGCCAGCAAGGACCAAGAAACACUAGACCUCAAUGCCCCUGUUGACAGCCCGGAAACAUCAACAAGCACUCUGUCUAACAAUGGAUCACCAUCAGCAUUAAGCAACGACGAAGCAGCAAACAUGAAUUAUUCAAAUCACAAUGUGGUGGGGUUUCAACAGAUGAACGUUAUUUGUGGGAAUAAUUUUAGCCCAAGUGAAAGUGAUACGGGCUACGAAAGUUCAAGCCCAUACACAAAUUACCAAAGCCCGCAAAGAAUGGUAUCACCCGGGGCAUGUAGUGAUGGAGCAGGCUUUUCCAACUUGGACGAUGAUCAUUCUCGGGGUUUUAUUCAAGGGCAGAAUUUGUCGAUGGCCCCGGCUUUCAGCCCUAGCCCCAGUGUACAGAGUAUGUCUAGUGUAAGUAUGGACGGUACAAAUACUGCAAUGGAUGAUGAGAGUCUAGAUUUUUCCAGAGCAGAUAACUAUCUCGAUCAGAUUUUACAGCAGUUGUCCAAUAAAGGAUCUGCUGAGAGCAUUUACAGCACCAUAGAAAGUUUGGUUACUCAAAACGAGGCUUCGAUUUCUACAAACGUCCGGAGUCCAAAUGUGCUACCUAAUAGUUCUUUAAAUGGACAUACCUUAAAUAGUUUGCAAAAUUCCUAUUCCUGCCCCCAGCUUCAGUCUCAACAAGGCAUACCUUUUUCCACAAGGGCAAGCCAGAAAUCCAAAUCAGUUUUAAGGGAUGUGUUAACAAUGCCAGAAAAGGAAUUAAACAUUAUUAGUAAGUUCAACACUGGCUCUAAAAGAGGUCAGAAGCGCUCAUGUGCUAAAACUGUAACAAGUGCUCAAAGUAUUCCAUCCAGUUUUGGAUGCAGAAAUAAUGAUAGUAAUGGCGUGUUUUCUGCAACAAACUGUUUGAAUAGAAAGCCACCUCAGAAAUCUUGCCAAACUCCAACGAGUAAUGAUACCGAGGGACUUGAUCUACAGGGCAUGUUCCCGGGUAUCCCUGACGACAUAUCAGACUUUGCCAUGCAAUAUUUAGAUGGUGUAAUUGACACUCAAGCACAAGCAGUGAUUGGCGAAAUUCAGACUGGUGUUGCUGAGGAUUCCUUUAUGGACACCUCAGAUGAUCCAUUCCUGGCUAAAGAACUUAUUAAUUCACUAGAAACUCAGUGUGGUCCCUCUCAGAGUGGAUUAGGCAAUGUUUUGUGUAAUUCAGCUAAGGUAAAUUUGAACUUUUCCAGUAGUUCUCAAUGUAGAAGUCAAUUUCCCGAUUCUGCUGGUGUCAGUUGUAUGAACACCCAAAGACAAUUUAUGGAGGAUCCAUUAAUGAAUGAAACUCACUCUACUGGUGCAAACGGUCUCCUUGGAAACUCGUCACAUGAUCAUCUUUAUCAUCAAAACGUGAGCAGUGGAAAUUCCCUAAGUAGGUCGCGAUCUCAGAAAAUUCCAGAAAGUCCCAUGUCCAGCUUUUUCAGACAAAAUAAUGACAUGGAAUAUUCCAGUGCUUCUGCUCAGACGCAGACAUCCGAGUACUGUCUAUCAGAACUAGAAAAGCAUUUGCGAAAUCGUCGGUCGGAAGCAUGUCGCAAUCAGAAUCAAGCGGACUCCACGGCAGUGUUAAGUACUUCUCCAAAGCCAUUUUUACAGCAGUUGUUAACCGGUGAACUUACAAAAGAUAUGUACAUGAGAAUGGAGCGUAAACGAUUUCAAGAGGGCUCUUCUUGAACUUCUGUUACGAUUUGUCCCUCAUUUGCCAAAAGGGUAUAUUCACAGGCGAGAGAUGGCUGGUGAACCCUUUUGGUAAUCAAUGGACAAAUCCUUUUUAGUUUUUGACCUUUGUUUAUAAUGCUGUCUUUCAGUAUGGAUAUUCUUGUUUCUCUAUUUCAGAAACAAAUAUAAACUGUUUUUUAAUUGAUUUCUGUGUAAUGUUUGAUUAUUUUUUUUACAUUAAAGAAUUGUGAUUGCUGGCAUAAUUUGGGAUAAAAUCAUUUAAGAAUUUUGUUUGUGUCUAAUUUGAAUGAUUUUUGUAUAAUUGUUACCGUAUUUUAAAGAAGGAUGAGUAAAACCAAAAAAUUGUAGCUACUGUUUGGUAAUUUAUUUCAUUGUUAAAUUUUCAUAGAAUAGACUGAUUUGAGCUGGAGGAUAAAUAAUAUACAUACGAUGGGAGAAAUGCAUUCAAAUCACCAUGGUUACACAUACCAGGAGCAGUCCACUUUAUGGCAUUCUGUAUCCAAAUCUGUAUUAACACUUCAAAUGGAAAAGGGGUAAAACUAUAAAACCAUAAAAUUUGGUUAUUGUACUAAGAUAUUAUUUUCUCAUGAUAAAAAUGUUAAAAGGAAGUAUUGUCACAUUUCUAUGAAUUUUGUGGAAAAUGAAGCACACCAUUGGAUUUUAUUUUGCAUGGAAGUAGGCAGAAAUUCUAUAUGUUUAAUAACAACGUGAACCACCAUGCUCCGUACUGUGAAUGACUGUGAUCCGUACUGUGUACCACCAUGCUGCAGACCAGGUACCACCAUGCUCCAGGAUGGUGUAUAAUGACAUUAUGCAACUAUCUAGUACUUUUAAACAGAUGCUUGGUGUCUGAAAUUUGCUCAGCACAUUAUAGUGAUAAAAUUAUGCUUUGAUAUUCUUAUACUAUGUAAGAACUGAAACAGAAGUAUAUGUGCAGGGUAAAGAAAGUUGUCAUUGUUUUGAAUCAUCCCUUGUACACUAUUGGUUAAGAUCAAUCAUCUUACAGAGAACCUCUGUACCUUUUUCAUAAACAGAAUUGAAUAAAACCUCUUUUAAAAAUGAAAUGGCAGUUUUAUUAAAUAUAAGCAAUACAAGAUAUUUAGUUUUGGAAAUCAGUUCAGUAUAAGAUUUUUUUAUGAAUACAAUAAGUCUAUCAAGCUUAAAUUAAACUUAUUAAAUUAAACAAGGGGAGUUUAAAGCAUGUUCUUUUAAUGACCAUACAAUCUGAGGUUUGUUUUAUAAAUAGAAAAGUAACAUUCCAGUUAAAGUUGUUUGCUCCUUCUUUUCUCAUGCCAGGGUUUCUAUCAUUUUGCGUAGUAUUUUUGAUGAUGUUCUUUAUAAUAAUACCUUCCUCAGUUGUUUGCACUAAACUUCAAUAUGACCAUCUCAUCAAAGCACAAAUCAUACAAUAGCUAUUUCCAGGCAAUAUUUUGGGGUAUUAAAAAUAUAUAUUUCGAAAUUACGAGCUCUACUAGUAAGUUAAGGUGAAGCAUUUUUUGAUUUUGCAAGCAAGCACAAUUUUCAAUUCAAUUUGCAACACUUGCUUAUUAUUUAAUUGAAUUCUUGACUUUUUGACAUUUUGUUUUACCCUUGUUGAUAAGAUUGUUGCAAUAUUAUUUCUUAAGAUUUUCUUUUAUAUACAUAUUUUUUAUAUAUAUUAUUAAAGUACGAAAAUUUUAAUAGAGUUGUCUGAUGCGUUUUUAUCAUUUUUUACAUUUACUGUAAAACUUUUAAUUACAACUAUCAUUGAAUACAAAAGUAGAGAGAUACAGUUUACCAUUACCAUUCUGUGGACAAAGUGACUUGGUACAAAGGUGUUAUGCUCUUAAGUUCAGUAAACCUAUAGCUGUAGAAUAAAACAUAUCCUCAAAGAGCUGUUAAUUGCCAUUUUUGGUGGAGUUUGAGUCAUACAACAAGCGUGAAAAAAAAUGGUCUGCAUGUUGUCAGUGGUAUAUGUGAUGAUUGCCAAUUCAUUGUCAAUGACAUUUUGUUUUAACAUUCCCACUUCUGCAACCCUUUUAUACCUUUUUGUUACAUAUAAGUUUCCUCAGUUGCAAUAUUUGUGGUGUGUUUUUUAUCUGUUAUUUUAUAUAUACAUACACAUUUGUUAUUAGAUUUCUUUUCUAUCAUAAAGGUAGACACAAUGUUGAAAUAUCUUUUUUUAUGAAAUAUUCUAUUAGAUUUUUAGACUGUUUCAAACAAAAUUGAAUAAAGAUCACAUAUAUUUUAUACCACUGGUAAAGUUUUGUAGUGUUAAGUUGAAAAAAAACAACAUAACAUUUGCAGGUUAUCUGAAAGAGAGCAUAUUUACUUACGCAUGUGAGAUUUAUUUUAUCCCUGUUAUUGUUUGACAUCAACUGCCUUAAGACACCACUCUGCUGAUAGUGUAAGUUGCUUCUUUACGUACAGCUGGGCCAUAACUCUGGCUUUAAUGAUUGUUGUGUUAUGUCCCUUUUCUGUCAUCAAACAACAGAUGAACAUCAGUGUCCUCUCGACAGAGCUCUUGUUUCAUUUUAUUAAUUAUUACUUGCCACAUAAUGGACGGAUGAAGUAUUUAUGUAAAAAGUUAUUAUAUUAUGAAUUAUAAUCGUUUUGUUGGAAACUUAAACAUCUUUCAUUAUAAUACUAUAAUAUAAAUAUGUUUCAGUUUAUGUUUGUGACUUUUCAAUUUGAUUGAAUUUAAGACAUGCUUUAUUAUUACGAUUUUAAAACAACUAAGUGUGAGACACUAUAAACGAAGUCCAUAUAUGUGGGUUUUUUUGUAAGAACAUAAUUUCAUUGAAAUAUCUUUAUCAAUCUAUAUAAUAUUGUAUGUAGUAUUUAUUUAUAUGAGCAAUAUAUAGGGUCGAACUUCAGAGCUUCGUUAAGGGUAACAACAUUAGGUGUUUAAUUAGAACUUAAUUAAAGUAAACAAUAUUUGGCCGAUAAAUAUUUUUAACGAGAUUUGAAACAACUUUUUCAGCUGAGCACAACAAAUAUUUCACUUCUAAUGAUAACAACGAUGUCAUUAAUGAUGUCAGCGACUUUAACAAUGUUCUGAACAAUCAUCCCAUUUUUGAUGGCAUCCUUGUUUACUUUUGAAAUUAAAAUACUUCCUGAUGUGCUGGUUUAUUUAUAUAAAACAAAACAGUUAAAACAGUUUUUUCGAAUCUUCUUACAGAACUGCAGAUCACAAGUGUGUCAGUUAUACUUUCAGAGUAGUAAAUAUUGAUAACAUCGUUGUUAACUUCAAUGAAGUUAUUGAAAAUUGAUCCAUUGUGUUUUAUAUUAUCAAAAUACACGUGUAUGAUACAGGCAUAAGGCAGGAGAUGUUGAACAUUUGGUGCUUGCCUGCCCUUUUCCUAGAUAUUUUAAAUAAUAGAAAACUUAUUUUAAAUGUGAAAUUAACAGGAUGUUACUUGUUACUGCAAUUAAAAUGUGUUCCUUAACUUUAUUUAAAAUUUAUUUGGAGAUAAUGAAAAUUACAAAUGUUUGUAAUUAAUUUUUGUUCAUGAUUUACCUGAUAGAACAACUUUGUUAUGAUCAAUAGAAGGGUAUGGUUUGUUAUAUAUUUACGUGAAACACUUUCAAACUCUAAUAGAGUUUCAUUUCCAUGUUUAAAUAUUUUUUAAUAUGUACAUGUACAUGCUAUGGUAAUUAUAUAACAAAUGUUAAUAUAUUGUAAUACUAUGUGAUUUGUUACUUUGUUCUUGACAGUAUAUUCUAAUAUCACUGUUGUAGAGUCUAGAAAAAAUGUAAUUUGUGAUUCUUGAUAUUUUGUAUGUAUCUUUUGUCUUGCCUCGUUGAAACAAAAAAUUUCAAACUUCAUAUGGAGUCAAAGUUUGUGUAGAUGUUUUGAUAUUCGAAUAAAUGUGGACAAAAUGUAUCAACUGGAUCAUUGUACGUCUCUUUAGGACUGUAAUGGGAAAUGACUAGGAUUGCGAACGAAUGGCAAAAUUUAAAUUUGAAUAUUUGUUAAUUUUUUCAAUUGAAUAUUGGAUUACCAAAAUGAAUCUUAUAGAAGUUGUUGUAAACUAUUUUGAUUUGUUAUAGUAAUUGCCCCAGCCUUGAACCAUUCUUGGACUUGACGGACCCUGAUUUUUCCCCAAAUUAGCCUCUGAAAUUCCCCAUUUUCAGAAUAUAUCCCAACAAAAAGCAAUACAUUUUGAACAAACAAAAUCAAAUUAUUUCAAUUCCACUGUGUUCACAUUUGUAAACAAUGCCAAAUUAGAUUGGAAUUUCCUGGUAAAAUGACAGGAUGCACCAGUGGCGAAGUGUUGUUCCGUGGGACUUGCAGCCUCGUUUUCGGAUUGUCUUUUACUAAAUAUAACUAUGGGAAUCAAAAACAAAUGUGGAUUUUGACUCAUCUACUGAACAACAUUACAGGAUAUAGUUACAUUUCAAAGCACGAAUGUUAUAUCCUAACAUGGAAAAAAGUUAAUAGCACAUCAUUAGCACAUGUAAUUCAUAUCAUCAAGUUUCAAGAAUAUUUCACAGCUUAUAUGGCAGUCAUGACAUAACAUUGGUGUGAAGGCCGAUUCCUUAAACCCUUCAUUGGCAUUUAAAUUUAAAUGCACCGAAAAUAUUUAAAUUUGAUUGAUGUCAUUUGUCUAAUAGCCAGUUGUUGUAAUAUUAUGUGGACUGUUUAUAGUUUCCAACGAUGUGUGCCAUAUGACACGUGUAUAGUAUAUUGUCAUCAAGUUCACGACUCUGGCAUAGGAGCCAAUCAAUGUUAAAACAAGACAAUACAGUUGUAGGCAAAAGGUUUAUUAUUUUAUUUAUUCAAGAAAGACAUCAAAUAUUUUCAAAUACUGAUUUUGAUGUUCGAAUACCAAACAUUCGAUCGAAUAUUCAAAUAUUUGUUUGCAACCCUAGAAAUAACCCUUGAUUCUCCAUUAAUACAUUUCUGAAUAUUAUACAAUAUUUGAUGUUAUGCAUAAACCACAUGCACAUAAGGAUAUUUAACGAUUUGGUUUAAUGUUUUGUUUUGUUGUUUUUUUAUUCCAGAAGACUGUAAUUUAAAUAAAACAGAAUGACAGGACUGUAAUAAAGUCAGCAGAUACAUACAAAAUAUAUAUAAUUAUACUGUUUGAUAAGGUGUGUUUUUGUUUUCGAAGGUAGUAUGUUGAUAUUACGGUUUCCAGAUGUUGGUUUGUGAUAUCCUAACAAUAAAGUCUAUGUUUGUAUGUUAA